AUGACCGCCAAAAUGACAUUUCUGGCUCUCACUUUAUUAAUGUUAACCAACCCACCUAUGAUUGGCGCCACUAAUGUGACCGAAAUAACACCACAAACUACCAACUUCACACCUACCCCUGAAAGUCCAAACACUCGAACACAAAUCUCCUCCUCUGUACUUACGAAAGCGACUUUUUCUGCAACACUAUCUGCCACAACUUCCUCUGAACCGGUGGAAGAAGAAGUGAUAGUACCAAUUACAGCACAAACUGUACAGUCCAGUUUUUCCUCAGAGGAAACAACUCCUUUGACACUAAGUACUACCGAAUAUGUGGAGGAAGUAACCAAUACAACUACUUCAACAACCGUGUCAACGACAAUGGAGGUAGAUCUAGAUGAAAGUGAACCAUACUUUCAAAGAUAUUGUCGCACUGGAAAUAGAAUUGCUUCAUGUAUUGGCACUGCAUUUCUCCUCACAAUGAUCUUAUUUGCUGUUACAAAGAACAUAUCGAAAUGGGGUUUAGUAAACUUGAUCGACGUUCGUAAAGUCGGUGUGAGUUUCCCUCAACGACCUGAAAUAAUUGUGCUCAUCUGCUCGACUCUUCCCACAAUCUUCACAACAAUUGCUCGACCUUUGUUUUUGAUGUACGAUCCACAGGAGUACAUGGAUUUCAUUAGUCUACUUCCAUGCACACAAGCUCGACAGUUUUUCGAUCUAUUCAGCCGAACUGCUGCCGUGUACCACAUGAUCUAUUGGGCAUAUCGAAUGCCCAUCAUCCGUUGGCUAUGGCGUAAUUACCUUCGAUUUAAUGCCUUUCGAGCCGUCUGGACAAAGGAGCAUAUAAUUGAAGUGCUAAGGGAUAAAUUUGCUCCUGAGAAGGACGAUAAAUUCUGGAAAAUGUUUCAGAAUUCCCCUGAGAGUAUGUAUUACUACGCACAGUUUCUUCAAUCAGGUUUGCCGAUGCAGUACCUACAGACUCUCAUAAAGCAAGGUAACCGUAGCCCUUCAAUGUCUACCACUGCAAUCGAUGGGUUUGGAGGACAAAUGGGUGGACAUGGAAGAGGAGGCUUAGGAGGAACUGAUGGGGAUGUACUCCCGAGAUUUAAUCUUGGACACCUCAUGAGUAUGGGUGUUGACGAAGGUGCUUCACCUAAAGCACAAAAUUAUGGAAAUUUUCUUAGUCCCAGUGGCGGUUCGCCAUCUAAGCUCUCGAAUGCUGCUCUCCAUUUGCCUUCAGGAGGGUCCCACCAAAUUUCUCGAAACACCAGUUUUAGAAGUUCUACCUUAGGCCGACCUCCAGUACUUUCGAUGACUUUUGAUAGUGGAUUUGGACAGCAUUUAUCCCCUGAAGAUGCUGCGAAUAUAAUGAUGAUGUACGAGAGACAGGGUUCAGUAUCACCAGAUAGACAUUCACUGAUCCUUCCACCUACCUUCUCAAGUCAAGAGAUGAUUUUUCCUAGUCAUGCCAUGAUACCAGGCUUCGAUUUCUUUGCUCCAAGUGAGAAAAAGGAGAAAGAAGAGGAGAAUUUCAUCAAGCCACCAACUCGGGAAUUUGUUUACAUUUGUAAACAUGCGCUUCCUGGAGUAAUCUACGUUAUCUCCCUCUUUGCUACUCUGCCAUCCAUUUUUGGUUUUGAUAAAUUCCAAGAUGAAAGCACAAUUACAAAAGUCUACUUCUACUAUGACAUGGUGUUCAUUGUAUUCAUUCCUAUGGUCGCUAUUGCAGCUGCAUUCUACCAUGGUGUGUUGGCGAAAACCCAACUUAAUGGAGGCUCAAAAAUGCGUUUUCGUUUGCGUUGCUACUACGUCAAUUUUGUCAUUCUCAAUAUACCUAUGAUUUGCUUAAUGCUCACCACAAUGACCUUCAAAAUACAGGAUAGUGAUGAGUUGAAAAAGGAAAUGUAUGGAACAGGUAUCAUUAUAGCUUUGACGGCCUAUCAUGCUCAAUUUGUGUUGAAAACGACUGUCUACACUACGGGUUGCAAUUGCAUUUGCUGCUCGGAUAGAUGUCUGAAUAGAAAUCCACGUCUUCGCAACUGUAUCAUAACUAUGGUGACGCCAAGAAACAAGCCUGCACCACCUCCACCGAAGAAGAAAGACGAUGAAGAGGAAGAUGAAGAUGUGGACAGGUACGACGGAAUUCCGGAAAUGAAUAUAGAGUCAGGACCUAGGGACCAAUUUGGUCAGGGGACGGAGAUACAGAUCAUGCCACCAGAUGCUGAAGUUGAACUCGAACAAGAGCCACUAAUUACCAAAUAG